CCACAAGUGUGGGCUGGUCAUCGGCCGAGGGGGUGAGAACGUCAAGGCCAUCAACCAGCAGACGGGGGCGUUCGUGGAGAUCUCGCGGCAGCUGCCCCCCAACGGGGACCCCAACUUCAAACUCUUCGUCAUCCGCGGCACCCCCCAGCAGAUCGACCACGCCAAGCAGCUCAUCGAGGAGAAAAUCGAG